AUGCGGAAGCAUAAGAAACCCCACGUGUGUAACGAAACAUACUGUAAGACCUGCAAAGACUUUGUGGAAGAAGAUCACCAAUGUUUUAUGCAGCCAGUGGAAGAGGAUGAACCUACGACUGCAACCGAUAACACAAAGGACAUCAAAUAUAUAUUUUUUGACUUUGAAUGCACACAAGAUCAACAGCUCCAGUGCGAGAAAGGAUGUCUUUCAGGCGCGGAUGGAAAGUGUGUUAAUUGCAAUAAAGCAAAUUGUGGCUCAUUUGAACAUCAGCCGAACUUAUGCGUUGUGCAAAGGGUGUGCAAUCAGUGCCUUGAUAGUAACUUAUGUAUCGAUUCAGAGUGUAAACAUUGUGGGGAAAAUGGACUUGUUUUUAAAAGAAACCAAACCACACAGCAGUUUUGUCAAUGGUUAUUCUCUGAGGAAAAUGUUGGAGCUACCGUCGUGUGUCAUAACUUUAAGGGAUAUGAUAGCUAUCCAAUUCUACAAUACUUACAUGACAAUGCCAUCCUCCCUGAGGUCAUUACCAAUGGAACGAAAUUUAUGUCUAUCAAAGUUCCUGUAUGCAAGAUCCGCUUCAUAGACUCAAUGAAUUUCAUUCCGAUGGCUUUAACGGACAUGCCUAAAGCAUUUGGAAUCACAGAAUUAUCUAAGGGCUAUUUUCCACAUCUGUUUAAUCGAGAGGAAAAUCAAACAAAAACAAUGACAAAGUUACCAGACCUUAAGUACUACGACCCAGAUGGUAUGAAAAUAGACAAACGUUUGGAGUUCCUUGCAUGGUAUGACAUUCACAAAAAGGACGCGUUUGAUUUACAAUAUGAACUGUUAAAAUACUGCCGAUCCGAUGUGGACAUUCUGAGGAAAUGCUGUCUGAAGUUUCGUAAAUUGUUUCAGGAAAUAACGCAAAAGGAUGAAGUUCUCGGCAUAGAUCCGUUUGAAAAAUGUUUGACCAUUGCAUCGGCAUGUAAUUUGGUGUUCAGGCGAAAUUUUCUGGAGCACGAAAGUAUUGGCAUUAUUCCAACACACGGGUACAGACCUGAAGAGAAACAGUCUGUUUUAGCAUACAAAUGGUUGGCUUACCUUGCACACCAAAAAGAUAUGUACAUACAACAUGGACGAAAUGUCGGUGAAAAACAAAUAGGUCCUUACAAAGUUGACGGAUACUAUGAAACUGAAGAAGGAGAGAAAGUUGUUUUAGAAAUGAAUGGUUGCUUUUGGCACGGUUGCAACCGGUGCUUUAAAAGUAACACCGUCAAUUCCGUGAAUGAUAUGACAAUGGGUGAUCUGUAUGCCAGAACAAUGGAUAAACAACAGUAUAUAGAGUCCCUGGGAUAUACGUACGUGUCCAAGUGGGAAUGCGAUUUUAAAAAGGAAAUACAAGAUGUCCCAGGGUUGCAAGAAUUUAUCAAAUAUGUUAAUAUAGUGACCCCUUUGGAGCCACGAGAUGCGUUUUACGGUGGAAGAACAGAAGGAUUUAAAUUGUACGAAGAAGCGUCAAAGGACCAAGAAAUAAACUAUUAUGACGUUACAUCGUUGUAUCCAUAUGUUAACAAAACUGGGAAAAUACCUCUAGGGCAUCCCGAAAUUGUCACAGAAAAUUUCAAAGACAUUACUAAAUACGAGGGUCUGAUCAAGUGUAAAAUUGUACCUCCACGAGGACUCUACCUGCCUGUUUUACCCAUGAAGUCGUAUGGAAAACUGCUCUUCAGCCUAUGCAGAUCAUGCGCAGACCAAUACCAGCAGUCGCCAUGUCAGCACACUGAUAAUGAAAGAGCUUUUCAUGGUACUUGUGUUACAGAUGAGGUGAAAAUGGCCCUGUCUCAAGGUUACAAAAUACUGAAUAUCUAUGAAGUUUGGCAUUUUGAUAAGAUAUCACAGUAUGACCAAAACUCCAAAUGCGGCGGUAUAUUCACUGAAUAUGUGAAUACAUUCCUAAAAGUAAAACAGGAAGCCAGUAGGUGGCCUGAAUGGUGCAAAACAGAAGAUGACAAGCAGUCAUAUAUUCAAAGAUUUUAUGACAAAGAAGGUAUACUCUUAGACUAUGAUAGGAUAUGCAAAAAUCCAGGCCUUCGAUCCUUGGCAAAGCUGAUGCUUAACUCAUUCUGGGGCAAGUUUGGCCAACGUACAAACCUAGCACAGACGUCUUAUGUAACAGAUACAAAGGAGUUCUUUGACUUUAUGACCAGCGAUCAACAAGAAAUAAAGAACAUCCGUUUUGUAAAUGAAGAAACUGUGCAGUUAGACUGGGCUUACAAUGAAGAUUUUAUUGAGGCUUCUUCUCGGACAAACGUUGUCAUAGCUGCAUAUACAACAGCACAGGCGCGCCUGAAACUUUAUAGUUACUUACAAGGCCUAAAUGAACGCACUCUGUACUGUGACACAGAUUCAAUAAUAUUUUCAUCCAAACCAGGGCAGUUGGAAACCACCACUCGGAGAUUAUCUGGGAGAUAUGACGGACGAGGUUUCGGGAAACAAAAUUACGAACUUUGUGACUGGUGGACCAAAAAACUAUGCAUACAAAACAGAACGAUGUGA